GUUUGGGAACUACAAUUCGAAACAAGGUCCGGCAGUUAGACUACAAUUUGGAAAGAAAAAAAGGGUUCGAAGCUAUACUUGAAAAGAAGGACGCGGUGGAAUUUCGAAGGUUCCGGACGGCCAUUUUUUCUGUUGCGUGGGUUUCGUACGUGGGUUUUCAGGGUCAUUUCGAAGUUCCAGGCGUGAGUUUUCAGCGAUUUCGAAGAAAUUCGAAGGUGCUUUUGGAUGGGGAUUCAGGCAAGUUUUUUCUUGCAUUUUUUAACGAAACAUUUGUUAAUGUUUCGUUUUUAUUUUGUAGGUUCUUGGAUGGCUCUUUACGCGAGAUUUCAA